AUGCUGCUGCUCUCCUGGGUGGACGGAGCGGACGGCAGCGAGUUCCCGGUGCAGAACCUCCCCUUCGGCGUGUUCAGCCACACCCUCUCUGGCCGCUCGCCGCGCGUCGGCGUCGCGAUCGGCGAGUCGGUGCUCGACAUGCAGGCGCUGCUCGCCGAGGGCCUCAUCGACCACUGCGCGUGUGCGGCCGUCUUCGCGGAGGCGACGCUCAACGCCUUCAUGGCCCAGCCGCGCGCCCAGUGGCUCGCCGUCCGCGCGGCGCUCACCCAGCUCCUCGCGCGAGACGGCGCAGACCCGGCGCUCCGCGAGAGCGCCGAGCUGCGCCGCCGGUGCCUCGUGCCGCGCGCCGAGGUGGCGAUGCACCUGCCCGCAGCGAUCGGCGACUACACCGACUUUUACUCGUCGCGCGAGCACGCCACCAACGUCGGCGUCAUGUUCCGCGGCAAGGACAACGCGCUGCAGCCCAACUGGCUGCACCUGCCGGUCGGCUACCACGGCCGAGCCUCGUCGGUCGUCGUGAGCGGCACUCCGGUGGUGCGGCCGAAGGGGCAGCUGCAGCUGGACAAGGCCGACGCGAGCAAGGGCACCGAGCACGCGCCCUGCCGCCUCCUCGACUUCGAGCUCGAGAUGGGCUUCUUCGUCGGAGGGCCUGCGAACCGGCUCGGCGCUCCGCUCGAGAUGGACGAGGCGGAGGAUCGCAUCUUCGGCUUCGUGCUGUGCAACGACUGGUCGGCGCGCGACGUGCAAAAGUUCGAGUACGUGCCGCUCGGCCCCUUCGGCGCCAAGAACUUUGCCACCUCCAUCUCGCCCUGGGUGGUGAUGGCGGAGGCGCUCCUCCCGUUUCGGUGCGCGACGAGCGCCGGCUCGCAGGCCGAGCCGGUGCCGCUGCCGUACCUGCGCGACCCGAACUACUCGUCGUACGACGUCCAGCUCGAGGUGGCCAUCACCCCGGCGGGCGGCGACCGCGCCACCGUCGUCACCACCUCCAACUACCGCCACAUGUACUGGACCGCACCGCAGCAGCUCGUGCACCACUCUGUCACCGGCUGCGACAUGCGGCCCGCAGACCUCCUCGCCUCGGGCACCAUCUCGGGCGCCGACGCGAGCGCGUACGGCUCGCUGCUCGAGCUGUGCUGGCAGGGGACCAGGGAGGUGGGCCCGCUCUGCGACGGCUCGACGCGCAAGUUCCUCCGCGACGGAGACACGGUCUCGAUGCGCGGCACGUGCCUCCACAGCAGCGGCUACACGCUCGGUUUCGGCGAGUGCGCGGGGCAGUACGCCUACGCGCGCGUCAACCUGCUUGCAGACGAGCAGCGCGGGCUGAGCGAGAUGGGGCAGGUGCCGCGGCUGGACUGGAGCGACGCGGCGGGGGAGCGGCACUCCCUCACCCAGUCACUCGCCAUCCUCGAGCUCCUCCACGAGGCGGCCUCCGCACCCGGCCGCUCCCUCCUCCCUCUCGGGCCGGCGCUCGCCGCAAAGGACCAGGGGUCGGACGCUGGCCGCAGCCUCGGCCGCGAGGCGAUCGCCAAGGGCCUCGCCGCCGCAGAGAAGCUCGCCGCGGCCAACCGCGACGAGCGCUUCUGCGUCGGCUCGCACAGCAGCGUCGCCGACCUCUGCGUGGUGCCUCAGCUCUACAACGCGCGCCGUUUCGAGGUGGACCUGCAGCCGUACCCGCGGCUGCGCGCGGUCGAGGCGCACGCGGCCACGCUGCCCUACUUCCAAGCGGCACACCCCGACGCGCAGCCCGACGCCGCCAAGGCGUGA